AUCGGAUUUUGUACGAUAUAAGAGGACGUGCCUUGAGCUAUUACGAUCUGAAGGUUCCAGUAAAGGCUGAAGAGAAGGGAAUGUGCCUCCAAUUGAGCUCUAGAGGGACCUUAUCUAGUCGAAAUUGCUUUGAGUCACUGACAACCAUUUGUGAAAUGGAUUGUACCAACAAAGAUGAAUGUGAAAGGCCAGAUAACGAAAUGGAUCUACAUCACGGUCGCUGGUCAGCCUUUUUCUAUGAGGAAAAUGAUUCCGGAAAGCCUUUUACAGAGGCACAAGAGACAUGCCAAACUAUGAACUCAAACUUGGUCGUUCUCCAUCAACUCCGAGAUUCUUGGGGUCUGAAUUAUGUGGCCAAGAGUCAUGGAGGAGCUAAUCGAGAAGCUUACAUUGGAUUGGGCGCACUGACUGUCUCGAGCCCUUGCAGUCCUCAGGGUGGUUGUCCCGGCCUCAAAUGGUUAGAUGGCACGCCCCAUGAGCAAAAAGUGGUUCACUGGGAAACUACUACGAAUGGUUCGACCUCGGUGGAGUGCUUCAUUAUGAAGCACUUUUAUGGACCCGGCAGAGAAACCUACAAAAUAAUAGGGGUCAACGAUUGCCAUAAGAAACGGGCGUUUGUUUGCGUGAGCCAUUGUUUGAGGCAACGAUGUCCGAUUCCUCGAUUUCUGAAGAAGGCCAAGAACACGUGGACGUACUUUAAUCAUGUUGAGGGCGACAAAGUGAAGUAAGUUUUUUUGCUCUUGGUUGAGA